AUGGCCUCCCCACCCAAAGACAGCGGUGCCGGUGCUGGUGGCGGCGGCGGCGGGCGCAAGGUGCUCGAGGGCGUCUUCGGCAUCCACAAGCCGCAGUGGGCGUCGUCGGCGGGCGUGCUGCGCGACCUGCAGACGGCGUUUGCCACGUCGGCCGUGUUCCAGCCCUGGCUCGAGUGGCAGCGGCGGCAGAUGGUGGUGUCGGGGUCCAAGAAGAAGCACGUGGAACAGGUCAAGGUCAAGCUGGGCCACGGCGGCACCCUCGACCCCAUGGCCACGGGCGUGCUGGUGGUCGGCGUGGGCCGCGGCACAAAGGAGCUCGGCAAGUUCCUCGAGUGCACCAAGAGCUACGAGUGCGUCGUCCUGUUCGGCGCCGCCACCGACAGCUACGACGCCGUGGGCAAGCUCGUCGCCACGGCCGACCACGCCCACGUCACGCGCGCGCUGGUCGAGGAGAAGCUGGCGCACUUCCGCGGCCACAUGAUGCAGACGCCCAGCGUCUUCUCCGCCCUCAAGGUCGACGGCAAGAAGAUGUACGAGUACGCGCGCGAGGGCAAGGACAUACCCGUCGUCCCCGCCCGCCCCGUCACCGUCGAGCAGCUCGAGCUCGUCGACUGGCUCGAGCCCGGCACCCACCACUUCGCCUGGCCCAGCGACGAGCUCGACGAAGAAGCCAAGGCCGGCGCAGAGCACCUGCUGGGCAUCCGCCAGUCCGACGCCGCCCACGCCGCCCAGCACCAUCGCUUGCACGCCAAACGCGCACGCUCUCCCUCCGCAGAGCCUGCCAACCGCCCCGGGCCCGGCCCCUCUCCUUCGCCCACCUCUGACGCUGGCCCGCAGCCGAAGAAGCCGCGCACCGACUGCGAGCCCGCCAUGUCCGGCGCCCUCCCCUCGACCCAGCCAACCGCCGUCCCCGUCCAGCGCCCCCUCGACGCCGACAUCCCCGAGCCGCCCGUGCCCGUCGAGAAGCAGCCCGUCGACCAACGCUGCACGAGCGCAGCAGACGAGAUCCCCGACACCAUCCCCGACACCAUCCCCGACACGAUUCCCGACACCAUCCCCGACACCAUCCCCGACACCAUCCCCGACACCAUCCCCGACACCAUCCCCGAGACCACCCCCAUCGACAAGCAACACCAGCCGCCCGCCGCCCGCCUGCGCAUGACCGUCACCAGCGGCUUCUACGUGCGCUCGCUGUGCCACGACCUGGGCCUCGCAUGCGGCAGCCUCGGCCUGAUGAGCAGCCUCGUCCGCACCCGGCAGGGCGACUACCAGCUCGGCGGCCCCAACGUGCUCGAGUACGCCGACCUGGAAAAGGGCCCUGCCGUGUGGGAGCCCCAGGUCGAGCGCCUCCUGACCCAAUUCAUGGAGCGCGAGCGCUGGGCGCACGAGGAGCUGGAGGAUGAGGACACCUGGCAGGCCAAGAAGAAGGAGCUCAUGGCGAGCAGGAGGGACGACGAUCGCAGCCGGAGUUAUAGGGGCGGAGGCGGGAGGGGCAAGUAUGGAGGUGGUGGGGGUGCGGGCAAGUAUUCGAAGAACAGGAGCGGGGGGCGCAAGGAUUGA